AUGGCAUUGAACAUCCCAACCUCGCCUAUACCAGGCAGAGAUCUUCAAUUGGUCCUAGAUUCACACGGCUUAGAAUUCACUCCAGAUGGCCAAUUGAUUCGCUGGUCUGCUUCAAAUAAGAAUCAUCCGCGAAACUGGACGUUAUCACGGAAGAUCUAUGAUAGUCACAUGGUUAUCUCUCUAGAUCUAUUCACCACUGCUGCUAAUCAUGCGCAACAAGAAUUCGGAAUUGGACAUACAUUUUCCAUCUUCAUCUUUGUUUCUCUAUAUAUGAUUGGCCAAGCUAUCGGGGGAAUCAUCUUCCCAUCUUACUCCGAAGCCUUUGGUCAGAAGAAGCUCUAUAUCAUCUGCACUGCGCUAUAUAGCACCUUCUGCAUCAUUGUGGGCUUGGCUCCCUCUGUAACAGCCGUUGCCAUCAGCCGUCUACUAUCGGGAUUCUUAUCAGCAAUUCCAACGAUCGUUGUGGCAGGCAGCAUCGAGGACAUAUUCAAUUCCAAGGACCGUGUUUGGCUCAUCUUCUUAUGGGCGAUGAUUACCAAUAUGGGUCUGGCCAUGGGUCCUAUCAUGAGUACUUAUAUUACUGCACAUCUGGGCUGGCAUUGGGUUUUCUACAUCGCUGCAAUCGUCAUGGCCAUUCUUACUGUAUUUCUAUUCGGGAUUCGAGAGUCACGGCCUUCGCUUUUUCUUGUGCGUGACGAGUGUGGUAUCUCUACCCUAACCGCGUUGAACCCAGAUCAUACGCCUGAUCUCAAGACGUGGGCUCGUCUUGCGCUGUUUCGUCCUAUCGAGCUUUUCUUCACGGAACCUAUUGUCUGCAUGGUCGCGACUAUAAGUGCCGUCGCCUUUGCGUUGAUCUAUAUGUUCACCGAGGCUUUGCCGCCGGUAUAUCAAUCGAUGGGGUUCUCAGAUACAUCCUCUUCCCUGCCAUUCCUGGCAAUUAUCGUCGGACUGAUCUCGGGGCUUUUCACACGGAUUCAAGAUCACCGGAUGAUUUCAAAGUGUGAGCAAGAGGGUCUGCCAUUGGAGCCUGAGUACAAGCUUCUUGGGCUCUCGAUUGGCGCUCCUAUGCUUGCGGGAGGGCUUUGGUGGUUUGCCUGGUCUAUUCCUCCUCUUGUUGAUGAAGUGCAUUGGAUUGUGUCUACGGCUUCUCUUGUACUGAUCGGAUAUGCUCUCAAUGAGUUCGAUGCCGUGCUGGCAGGGUAUCUGGAGGAUAGUUACUUGAGCUUUGCAGCGAGUGGGUUUGCGGCUUUGUCGCUUGUUCGGUCCUUGAUGUCAGCUGCGUUACCCUUGUUUGCGACGCAGAUGUUUGGUGGUCUUGGAGCAAAUGUUGCGGCUUCCAUUCUGGCCGCAGUCGCUACUGUAUUUUGCAUUGUGCCUCCGCUGUUCAGUCGAUAUGGUAAGAAGAUUCGGGCGAGGAGUAAGUUUGCUCGGUAUAGUCUACAGGUGUACGAAGAAAAUGGCGUUGAUAAGAACGGCUAUUGA